CUGGCCGGCUCCGCCAUGUCGCUGCCGCCGGAGAAAGCCUCGGAGCUGAAGCAGAUCAUCCACCAGCAGCUGCUCAAGAUGGAUGUCCAUGGGAGGAUACGAGAAGUUCUUGCUGAGACUAUACGAGAAGAGCUGGCGCCUGAGCAUCAGCAGCUGUCCACGGAAGAUCUGAUAAAAGCCCUAAGACAGCGGGGAAUCAUUGAUGAUGUUAUGAAGGAACUUAAAUUUGUAACUGAUGUGAAUGAAACGGAGAGGACUUUGGCUUCAAAACGAUCAACACAUUUUGUUGACAGAGAACCACCAGUUUUAAAAAAAACUAGCAUUGACCCAACACGGAGGUAUCUUUACCUUCAGGUUUUGGGUGGAAAAGCUUUUCUGGACCAUCUUCAGGAACCAGAGCCUCUGCCUGGCCAGAUUUGUUCUACCUUCACUCUGUGUUUACAUUUUCGAAACCAGCGCUUCCGUUCCAAACCUGUACCCUGUGCCUGUGAGCCAGAUUUUCAAGAUGGUUUUCUACUUGAAAUACACAAGGAUAGCCUAGGUGACUCAAGUAAGAUGGUGGAUGCAACCACUAUGUUAUCUAUAUGUGACCCAGUGCACAUGGUUCUGAUCAAGACAGACACAUUUGGUGAGACCACACUGGUAGCAUCCUAUUUCUUGGAGUGGAGGUCUGUCUUGGCUGCAGAGAAUGGCAUAACAAAUGUCGCUGUGGAACUCCUGGGUGUAGGUACAGAAUCAAAAGUUUCUGUUGGUGUUUUAAACAUCAGACUGGAAAUGUAUCCGCAUCUUAAUAAGACACUUUCUUCAGAAAUAAUUAGUACUCAAUUCAGUUUGGAACGUCAGAAAACAGCAGAAAAAGAGCGUUUAUUUCUUGUGUAUGCUAAGCAGUGGUGGAGAGAAUACCUGCAGAUCAGGCCUACCCACAACACAAGGCUGGUAAAGAUCUUUGCACAGGAUGAAAACGGGGUGAACCGGCCGGUGUGUUCCUACGUGAGACCUCUGCGGGCGGGGCGGCUGCUGGACACACCCAGGCAGGCAGCGCGCUUCGUCAGCGUCCUGGGCCACGAGAGAGCCGCGGUCAUCGGCGGGGGCGGCGGAAAACAGGAGCAGUGGUGCACCCUGCUCGCCUUCUUGUGCAGGAACAAGGGUGACUGUGAAGACCAUGCUAACCUUCUGUGCAGUCUUCUUCUUGGGUUUGGAUUGGAAGCAUUUGUGUGUGUUGGAACAAAAGCAAAAGGAGUCCCCCAUACUUGGGUAGUCACUUGUGGGUCUGAUGGAACAAUUACUUUUUGGGAGAGCUUAACAGGACAUAGGUACAUCCACAGACCUAUCAACCCUGAUGACCCUCCUCUAGUUGAACAACCCAAGCCACUGUAUCCAUAUCGCACAAUAGGUUGUAUCUUCAACCAUCAAAAGUUCUUUGGAAAUUGUCAGCCCUCUGAUGCCGUGGAGGUGUGUGUGUUUGACCUGCAUGAUGAAUCUAAAUGGAAACCCAUGAGUGGAGAGGCAAUAAAAUCUGUAUGUCCUCCUGGAGCAACAUCUUCAGUUCCCCCUUUUCCUCCUCUGUGUGCUUCUACAAUAGAUGCUGCUGUAACAAGCAAUGAGAUAGAAGUGCAGCUGAGGAUACUGGUCUCUGAACACAGAAAGGAUCUUGGCCUUGCUACUGUUUGGGAUGACCAGCUCUCCUAUCUGUUGUCACCAGCAUUAGCAGCCUAUGAGCUUGAACGCACAACAGGUGUUUCUGCAGGAAAUGAAGAGUUUCAGGAUUCCGUAAGGAGAGCGGUACCUGAUGGUCACACCUUCAAAGGGUUUCCCAUCCAUUUUGUGCACAGAAAUGCCAGGAGAGCAUUUGCCACAUGUCUUCGGUCUGCUUUUUGUGAAGAAAUAAUCUGUUGUAGGGGAGACCAAGUGCGACUUGCAGUUCGUGUACGAGUGUUUGUGUACCCUGAAUCUGCCUGUGCUGUUUGGAUCAUGUUUGCUUGUAAAUACCGUUCUGUCCUUUGAAAAAAA